AUGUCCCCAUCUGCAUUGGUCGGAGGCACGUCCUCCUCCGCAAAGGAGUUCAAGAAGGAAUCUACCACAGCUAGAUUCUUAGGCGCCGGUUGCGCUGGAAUCGCGGAACUCAUGGUGUUCCAUCCCGUGGACACGACCGCGAAGCGAUUAAUGAGCAACUAUGGCAAGAUCACAUCGGCGUCGCAGCUCAAUUCGGUCAUUUUCAAGGAUGCGGCGAACGCCUCGAUCUCUACCCGCUUCUUCUCCUUAUUCCCCGGUCUCGGAUAUGCUGCCGCAUACAAGGUUCUCCAGAGAGUGUACAAGUAUGGCGGACAGCCUUUCGUGAGGGACUACCUUGCGAAGAACCACGGGGAGAGCUUCGAUCGCGCAUUCGGCAAAGGCAACGGAAAGGCCAUUAUGCACGCUACAGCAGGCAGCUUGAUCGGUAUCGGCGAGAUUGUCAUUCUGCCCCUCGACGUCCUCAAGAUCAAGCGGCAAACCAACCCCGAAGCAUUCAGGGGGCGCGGACUGUUCAAGAUCAUCAAGGACGAGGGCUUCGGGUUGUACCGUGGCUGGGGCUGGACCGCCGCACGUAAUGCGCCGGGCUCUUUCGCCCUUUUCGGAGGAUCGGCGGCUGCGAAGGAGUAUCUCUACAAGCUGAAGGACUACAACACCGCUUCCUGGAGCCAGAACUUCGUCGCCUCGAUUGCGGGUGCCAGCGCUUCCCUCAUUGUCUCUGCUCCUCUCGACGUUAUCAAGACCAGAAUUCAGAACAGGAACUUCGACAACCCGGAAAGUGGCUUCAGGAUAGUUUCCAACAUGAUUCGCAAGGAAGGCUUCACCUCGUUUUUCAAGGGCCUGACGCCCAAGCUGCUGAUGACUGGUCCCAAGCUGGUGUUCUCUUUCUGGCUGGCUCAGACCCUGAUACCGGCGUUCAACAAGGUGCUAUAA